GUCCGCGCUCUGUCGCGGGGCGGGCACAGCGGGUCCCUCCCGGCGGCCGUCGGGGCGCGCGUGCGCUCGGUGUGGCGGGGCGGGCACGCGGCGGGGCCAUGGCGGACUAUCUGAUCAGCGGCGGCACCGGCUACGUGCCCGACGACGGGCUAACGGCGCAGCAGCUCUUCAGCUGCGGCGAUGGGCUCACCUACAACGAUUUCCUCAUCCUCCCGGGGUACAUCGACUUCACGGCGGACCAGGUGGACCUGACCUCGGCGCUGACCAAGAGAAUCACCCUGAAGACCCCGCUGGUCUCCUCGCCCAUGGACACAGUCACCGAGGCCAGCAUGGCCAUCGCCAUGGCGCUGACCGGAGGAAUUGGGUUCAUCCACCACAACUGCACCCCGGAGUUCCAGGCCAACGAAGUGCGGAAGGUGAAGAAAUACGAGCAAGGAUUCAUCACAGACCCCGUGGUGCUGAGCCCCAAUGACCGAGUGCGAGAUGUGUUUGAAGCAAAAGCUCGUCAUGGAUUUUGUGGGAUUCCUAUCACGGACAAUGGGAAGAUGGGGGGCAAGCUGGUUGGGAUCAUCUCGUCCAGAGAUAUUGAUUUCCUGAAAGAGUCAGAGCAUGACCUGCCCCUCGGUGAGAUUAUGACAAAGCGGGAGGAUCUUGUUGUGGCCCCAGCUGGCGUAAUGUUGAAAGAAGCAAAUGAAAUUCUGCAAAGGAGUAAAAAAGGCAAGCUGCCAAUUGUUAAUGAAGAUGACGAGCUGGUGGCUAUCAUUGCCCGCACUGAUCUCAAGAAGAACAGGGACUACCCUCUGGCUUCUAAGGACUCCAAGAAGCAGCUGCUCUGUGGUGCUGCUAUCGGCACUCAUGAGGAUGACAAAUACCGGCUGGACUUGCUGGUGCAGGCUGGCGUGGACGCUGUUGUGCUGGAUUCCUCUCAGGGGAAUUCCAUCUUCCAAAUCAAUAUGAUAAAAUACAUUAAGGAGAAAUAUCCCAACCUACAAGUUAUUGGAGGAAACGUGGUGACUGCAGCUCAGGCCAAGAACCUCAUUGACGCGGGGGUUGAUGCCCUGAGGGUCGGGAUGGGCAGUGGCUCCAUCUGCAUCACGCAGGAAGUGCUGGCGUGCGGCCGUCCCCAGGCCACGGCGGUGUACAAGGUGUCUGAGUACGCCAGGAGGUUCGGCGUGCCCGUCAUCGCCGAUGGAGGCAUCCAGACAGUUGGGCACAUCGCCAAGGCCCUGGCACUUGGGGCCUCCACAGUGAUGAUGGGCUCUCUCCUGGCUGCCACCACGGAGGCCCCAGGCGAGUACUUCUUCUCGGAUGGCAUCAGGCUGAAGAAAUACCGCGGCAUGGGCUCCCUAGAUGCCAUGGACAAGAACUUGGGAAGCCAGAACCGGUAUUUCAGUGAGACAGACAAAAUUAAAGUGGCCCAGGGAGUCUCCGGUGCAGUGCAAGACAAGGGCUCUAUCCAUAAAUUCAUUCCAUACCUAAUUGCUGGGAUCCAGCAUUCCUGCCAGGAUAUUGGUGCCAAGAGCUUGACCCAAGUCCGAGCCAUGAUGUACUCGGGAGAGCUGAAAUUUGAGAAGAGGACAACAUCUGCCCAGGUUGAAGGAGGGGUGCACGGCCUCCACUCGUAUGAGAAGCGCCUCUUUUGAAGGAGAUCUGUCUGUGUCUGUCCUUGUGCCACCCAGCCCUGUGCCGCUCCACGUGGGAGCUGCUCGUGCUGCAGAAGUGCCAUUAUUCUGGGCUGCCUGGAGCUCCUGCUGUCCCUUGGCUGCUUUCUGACCACCCGCGGGGCCUACCUUCCACCCAGGACCUGUGAACCUGGGCUGGAGCCUUGCACAUGUUGGCCAUGUUUUACAAUAAAAAAAUGAAAAGAUGUGCAGUUGG